GCGUGCCCACUCAAUUUUCUGCAGGCUUUUAUCCGGCCGCCUGCUGGUCCUUCCUCCUUUUCUACGUCCCUGAGCGAGGCCGGCGUCAAGAUGAAUGACACAGUGACAGUCAGGUCCAGAAAGUUCAUGACGAACCGGCUGCUUCAGAGGAAGCAAAUGGUCGUAGAUGUCCUGCAUCCCGGAAAGGCAACAGUCCCCAAGACUGAAAUCAGGGAGAAACUCGCCAAGAUGUACAAGACCACCCCUGAUGUUGUGUUCGUUUUUGGCUUCAGGACUCAGUUUGGCGGUGGCAAGACAACAGGCUUUGCCAUGGUUUACGACUCCUUAGACUACGCAAAGAAGAAUGAACCCAAACACAGACUGGCCAGACAUGGUCUCUAUGAGAAGAAGAAGACCUCAAGGAAACAGCGCAAGGAACGCAAGAACAGAAUGAAGAAAGUACGAGGCACCAAGAAGGCCAGUGUUGGCGCUGCUGGCAAAAAGUGAGCCUGGACUGCCUGGGAGGGACUCGGUGCUCAAGAUGUUCUUGUAUAUUGUCAUCCAAUAAAAAUUUGGGAAAAAAUGUUUGGGUCCAAGUGUAUUUUCUUAAAACAACCAUUUAUUUCUGAGACCUAUGUUUCAGAAAUAAAUGGGUGUAUCUCUGUAAAUGCCUAUAGCAAGCAGGACCUCACUGGCACCCUAUUACUUCUAAAAGUAUUUUUUGUCUUAACUGUUACUUAUUGCAUUU